GCUGCAAGUACUUAAGCUGUCAAAUUGGCCUAUUGUUUUUUUUUGGUCAUCUCAAAAGAAAAGUGCUUUUUCUAGGGAAAAACUCGUUAACAUCUUAAAAAUUUAGUUUUUUGCAAUCCCUAGGAAUCUGUCCAGAUAAUUCUAGCACAAAAAUUUUAUAAAACUUUAAGUUCAAAGUUAAAAUAGGUCAUUUUUCCAAAGACUCUCAAUAAGUCCUUGAGGAUCUCAUUUACAACCUGGUUUUUGCAAUUUUUGUGCAACAGAAAUAGUAAUGAAUCCCUACGGACAACCACCAGCUCCAGGCUUCAAUCCCGGUGCUCCAGGCUAUCCGCCACCUCAACAAUCGGGCGGCUUUCCUGCGCACCCAGACAGCAGUUACGGAGCACCAGGCUUCGGAGGAGGACAGAAUUACCCUCCAGCUUAUCCGCCAAACAUGGGCUAUACACCCCAAGGACCAAUUGUUCAGCAGCCAGGAGCCUACGGAGGACCAGGCUAUCCACCAACAGGUGCACCGCAGCCAGGCUACCCAGCACCAGGAGCUCCACAGCCAGGAUUUCCCGGACAAGCUCCACCGUACCAUGGUCAAACUCCCAACUUCCCACCAGGCCAAGAUGGAUGGAUGAGUUUACCGCCACGAGCUCCCAAUUGCCCCCCUGGUUUGGAGUACCUUACACAAAUUGACCAGCUGUUGGUGCAUCAAAAAGUGGAGCUCCUGGAGGCUUUCACGGGCUUCGAGACCAACAAUAAGUUCACAAUCAAAAACAGCAUGGGCCAAAAAGUUUACUGGGCAGCGGAGGAUGUUGAUUGCUGCACACGAAAUUGCUGUGGCCCCAUGCGACCAUUUGACAUGAAGAUUCUUGAUAUUUACAAGAACCAAGUGAUGCACCUCUAUCGCCCAUUGCGAUGUCAGUCCUGCUGCUUCCCAUGCUGCUUGCAGACAAUGGAGGUGUCGGCUCCACCAGGAAAUGUUAUUGGGACAAUUGAGCAGGAAUGGAGUAUUUUUACGCCACAAUUUAGCCUCAAGGAUCAAUCGGGAGAGACAGUGUUGCGCAUUGAAGGUCCUUUCUGUACCUUUAGCAUUUGCGGUGAUGUGGAAUUCAAGGUACUGACCCGGGAUGGGCAGCAAGUGGGCAAGGUCAGCAAGCAAUGGUCAGGAUUGGCCCGUGAAAUGUUCACGGAUGCUGAUCACUUUGGCAUCAACUUCCCCAUGGACCUCGAUGUUCGCAUGAAAGCCGUCCUCAUUGGUGCAUGCUUCCUAAUUGAUGUAAUGUUCUUUGAAAAGAGUGGUAACCAAGAACAAGAUCGUCCAGGAAUGUUCUAAAAAGGAGUGGCCGACAGCAUCUCAGCGCCCAACAACGAGAUUGAUUGUUGUUUAAACUUAAAGCGCACCUUUUGCAUUUAAGCGCAAGAAAUGAAACGAAACAAAUAACGCAAAGUGUACUUGUAAUACCGAAUUUUUUUUUGACAAAGUAUUUGUAGCUUUUAUGAUAAGAAAAAGUUGUAUUAUUUUUUUGGAUUGUGUCAUUUAAUAACCAAAGUUAUACCUCAAGUUUAUACAGAAUUUAUUCAGCAAUGUUACAUUAUGUAAUAGAAAUAUAAUUGUUGGCUUCUGUAAUCUUCCAUAUUCUUUUGUCUUUCAGCUUCCUAAUACAACAAAAAAUACUUUUAUUAGAUUUAUUAACAAUAUGCGUAAUUUUAUGGAUCCAUGUUCUAUGACAAUGUUGAAAUAUUUCAUGUCAAAAAAGCUCCACGAAGUGGAAAUAUUUUUAGCAAAUAAAUAUUUUUUGUCCAGUAUAAAA